CUCUCUCUCCCGAGUGGGCUAGCUAUUUUUAGCCUUCCAUAAUCCAGACUCCAAGGCAGCGGCGGAACAGAGGAUCGGGGAGAAGAGGAGGAAGGAGAAGGAGGCGGCAGCGCCGCGACGGCGAGUCACCGUUCUCAUUGCAAGGAGGCCGGCGGCGAGGCGGAAACGAGGCAACGGGUUGCGGAACCAUCGCGCGCGGCGUCGGGGGCGCGGUAGUGCCGCCGGAGGGGGAAUGAAGUCGCCAUUGCGGAGGCUGCGGGGCUUCGGCCACAACCACCCCAAGGAGCGCAGGGGCCACCAGCCGCCGCCGGCCAAGCUCGACGAGCUCGUGUGCGCCAGCCAGGAGGUGGAAGACAUGAGAAACAGCUACGAUGGCUUGAUUUCAGCUGCAGCCGCAACAACAAAUAGCGUAUAUGAGUUUUCAGAGGCUCUCGAGGAACUUGGAGGUUGCUUUCUCGCGAAAACUGCACUAAAUGGCGAUGAUGAUGAUAGUGGUAGAGUGCUGAUGAUGCUGGGAAAGGUCCAAUUUGAAUUACAAAAAUUUGUCGAUACUUAUCGCUCAAAUAUCAUUCAUACAAUCACAACCCCAUCGGAGUCUCUUCUCAAGGAGCUACAAACUGUAGAGGAAAUGAAGCAGCAGUGCGACAUGAAAAGAGAGGCAUAUGAAGCAAUGAGGGCAUCUUAUAGGGCAAAAGGAAGGUCAAGGCAUUCCAAAAUUGAAUCAUAUUCUGCAGAGCAACUGCAAACUUCUUUCGCUGAGUACCAAGAAGAUGCAGCACUGUUCAUAUUUCGCUUAAAAUCAUUGAGGCAAGGGCAAUUUCAUAGUCUUCUAACACAGGCUUCUCGCCAUCAUGCUGCUCAGCUAAGCUUUUUCAGGAGAGGGUUGAAGUGUCUUGAAGCACUCGAACCUCAUGUAAAAGCAAUAGCUGAGAAACAGCAUAUUGACUACCAGUUCAGUGGUCUUGAGGAUGAUGUAUCUGACAAUGGAGAUUACAGCUCUGACCAGGAUGAUUGCAGUGACGGAGACCUUAGUUUCGACUAUGAAAUAAAUGACAAGGAUCAAGAUUUUCUUCCUUCUAGAGGUUCAAUGGAUUUGGAUAAAAGAGAUGUGACAAAUUCCCCACAGCCAGUAAAAGAAAGCAAGCAGGAAGAGAUCAAACAAAUCAAGGGUGAUGUUAUAACUCCACAAGUGAAGCCUGAGUUUAACACACAUUCAGCACCAAUUCUUGCUGGCAAUUUACCAGAUCCAUCCGAGAGGUUUUGGCAAAUGAAGCCAUCUUCAGCCAAACAUUCGUACAAACUCCCAACACCAGUUGAUGACAAUAACGUCAGAUCAGUAGGUGCUCACAGAACACAUCAUUCACAACUGUUUGAAAGUAAACCUCAUGUUGCGACGAAUUUGUGGCAUUCAUCUCCGUUGAUUAAGCCGAGUGGCCAUGUGAAAAUGCCAUCAAGUACCGAGGGGAUAUCGACAUUCUCCCAGUCAGUUUCUGAUUACAAGAAGAUGAAGAUGGAAUCUUGGUCUGGUCCAAUUCCAAGCAAACCAGGGUUAAGCAAGCCAUCUUCUCUGAAUGAUCGCAGGUCACCCAUGACACAACAUCAUGCGAUGCCAGGAAAUCCACAAAGUCAUUCUCGGCAGCCAUCAUCUGUGUCCCCAAAAGUGUCCCCCAAGAUGUUGCCACAUCCAACAAAAUCACCGAAGAUCAGCGAGCUUCAUGAGCUGCCUAGGCCUCCAGCCAAUGUGGAGUCCCUAAGGCCUUCUGGCUUGGUCGGUUACUCUGGUCCUCUGGUAUCAAAACGUCAGACUCAAAUUCCUGCAGCACCAGCCCGGGCAUCACCGACUGCAUCACAAACCCCCUCGCCACUUCCACUACCGCCUGCUACCCUCACUCGCAGCUAUUCCAUACCCUCAAACAGCCAGAGGAUACCCAUCAUCACUGUGAAUAGAUUGUUGGAGGUUAGAAAUAGCAGGGAGGGCAGUGAUAUUUCUUCCCCUCCACUCACUCCUUUGUCGCUGACUGAUUUGUCCCAGCAGCAAGCAGCAAAAACAAGUAGCACAAGGAUUAUGAAGGGAACCUUGUGACACAUACCAGCUAAAUGCAGACUGAUUUUAGACGAUUUUGUAUGUAAGUAGUGACGUAUUGUAGGUUCAUAUAAUCAUAUUCAUGACAUUCUUUCAUUGUACUGUCUGCGUUGUGAAUGAAAAGGACGCAAAAGUAAUGUACUUUGAUCAUGUAAUGCAAGAACAUUGAACCUCCGGUUCAGUUUUCUGCACUAGUUGUCAGAUGAAAGGGCUGCUUUCUCAGUUUUUUUUUUCAA